CGCCCUCCUUUGCAUGGCUCCGCCCCCGAGCUGACGUCACCCCGCGCCUCUUCUCCAGAAAAUGUCCGGCCUCCGGUUCGACCUGGGCCCGGCCAAGGAGCCGAUCGGCUUCGUCAAGGCGCUGCAGUGGAUCUUCUCCAUCUUUGCUUUUGCCACCUGUGGUGGGUACGGCGGCAACACCUCCUUCAAAGUCAGCUGUUCUCAGACCAAGAAUGAGAGUGUGAUAGCCACGUUUGGCUACCCGUUCCGGCUGAACACCGUGGCCUUCCAGACCCAGAGCCAGGUGUUAUGCAAUGAGACCUGGAAUGACCUUCACCUUGUGGGAGACUUCUCGUCCUCAUCUCAGUUCUUCGUCACGCUGGCCGUCUUUGCCUUCCUCUACUCCCUAGGCGCCCUGGUCCUCUACCUUGGCUACAUGCACCUCUACCGUGGGGCUGGGGGCAAGCUGCCCAUGGCUGAUUUCCUCAUUACUGUGGUCUUCGCCUUCCUCUGGCUCGUUAGUGCCUCGGCCUGGGCCAAGGCUUUGACUGAUGUCAAGGUGUCCACUGGCCCCGACCUGAUAGCCGACUUUGCCUUCUGCCAAAAGUCCGCUAUUGAUUGCGUAUUCGACAGCGUCUCCAGCAUGGGGUCCCUCAACGUCUCUGUGGUCAUCGGCUUCCUCAAUGUCAUCCUAUGGGGCGGCAACUCCUGGUUCGUCUACAAAGAAACCAACCUCCACAGCCCGCCCAGUGCUGCCCCGCAUGCUGCCGGUGCAGCCCCAGCCCCCUCGGGGAUAUAAGGAGCCCAUGCCUGUCUUUGCCAGCAACUCCAGCUACAUGGAAAUCAUCACCAUUAUUGUUCCCCCCUCCUUCCUGCCACUCCCCUUUCUUCCCAUAAGCCAUUGGGGCUUUUCAAGCCUUUUGCUCAGGGGCCUUCGCUGCGGAGAUCCGUUCCCUGGGAGAGAAAUCAAGUGUGGUGCCUUUUUUUGUGUGUGCUUUAUUUGCCUUUGUUUGUUUGUUUGUUUGUUUGUUUGUUUGUUUUGUUAAUCCCGUAUCUUCUCACAUACAACACGCACCUUUCCUUCCCCAAAAAUCAGCUUCCCUCCCCCAAAUAGAGGCGCACAUGGGGAUGCUGGGAGAUAUAGAAGCACCCUGCUUGGUGCCGUCUUCUCCAGCUCUGGUAUUACUCCUCAGGAAGCUGCGGGAGUUAAUAGAUCAUAGAGUUCAUGCCCCAUUGUUCCUCAUUUCAUGAACGUUAACUGUUAGUGGCCCCAUGGACAUUAACAAUUAGGCCUUUCUAAUGGCCUUGUUUCCACUCAGGGAGCUAAUCUUUCUUAGGGAAAUGUUGCCGCCUGCUAAGGCUUCUGGUCUCUUCUCCUAUUUCUGGCUCUGCUCCAUAUCAGAUAUCUACCCGUGGAGACCAACCUGGGGUUUUAAUUAAGCAGGAUGGGGGUGAGUGAGCUCAAAAUUAAGCUCUGUUCUUGCUCGCUGCAGCCAUAACUUGGGGAAGGGGAGAAAAAAUAUUUCUUCAGAAAGCCUUUUAGAAACAAGGAGCAUAAUGUAUUUAGCGGCGUGUUGUACGUGAGAAAAUACAGCACUGUCUUGUCCUCCCCUUGCUGCCCCUUGAUCUUUUGGGGGGGAAAGAGACGUAGCCAAGCUCGAAGCUGUGUUUGUUUUUGGGUUUUUUUUCCUAAAAUACACUACCAUUGCUUUGUAUGAUGCACAGUGAAUCUUGCUUUUCCAUUUGUAAGCGUCUUGUCGGGGACAGGACAUGUGAGGAUAUGCUGCUUUCCCCACCUGUGAUUUAUUUUCUUUGCCAACUUGGGCUUUAAAAAUUUAUUUUUAAACACAAAUAAGCACAUGCUACCAAAGAGAAGCAGCUGGGAAGUCUGUAUGUUGGUCCAGGAAUACUGUACUUAUUCACAUACCACACAGCCAUUCGCCUGGGACUCGUUUUGCAAAGGCAAAUGAAAAACGGGGGAAAAUAAUAGAAUUUUCUUUUCAAUGAAGAAACUGAUUCAAGAGAUUUUGGUUCGAGAUGCUGGAUCCAUUUUGGGUUGCAAUUUCGAGAGUUGGGUUCAGUUUUUGAUUGCUGGUUUUUUUUUUUUUUGUUUUUUUUUUCCCCCAGAAGGAUGAGGUGGAGCUGGGGUGUGAAUAAAUAAGGUGAAGGUUGUAACCAAAAUUGGCCUUUCUUUGGGAAGGCAAAAAAUGGUGUUGGGGGGUGAAGGAAAAAAAUUGCAGGGUUUUUUUUGUUUGUUUGUUUGUUUUGUUUUUUCUUAGUGGAGAAAUAACUUUUGGCUGAUUUUUGUAAAGUGUAAUAUAAAAACUUUGACCCCCCCCCCCGCAACUUCCUGUUUCUUUGGUGGAAAAAGGUUUGUAGGUCAAUUUUUUUUAAAGUCAUUGAAUAAACACAGGUUUUCUGAAAAAACUGUUUUGUAUACAAAUUGGGGGGAAAAAGCUCGGCUCUUGCCAAAAAAAAAAUGGAAUGCUUUGUUUUUUCAAAAAAAAUAGGAGAACAAAAAAAAAAAGGAAAAAGCACAGUUUUUUGUAAAAAAGAAAACUGCUUUUGUAAAACAAAUUUGGAAAAUGCUGGUUGUGCAAGAAAAGGUUUUUUUGCAGAAAAUUGGAAAAAGCUCAGGUUUUGUGCAAAAAAAAAAAAAAAAUUUGUAGAAUUGGAACAAGCUCAGGAUUUGCCAAAAAUAGAAGGAAAAAAUGCUUUUGCAAAAUUGGAGAAAGUUCAGGUUUUGCAAAAAAAAAAAAAGAAGAAAAAGUGGUUUAUGCAGGAAAAAAUUGGAAAAAGCUUGGGUUUUGCAAAAAAAAAUAGAAAAGGGGGGUUCUUGCUAAAAAUUGGAAAAAUCUGUUUUUGCAAAAACAAAAAAAUUGGCUCUUGCAAAAAAAUGGAAAAAUGUUUUUUGAGAGAGACAAUUGGAAAAAGCUCUGUUUCUGCCAAAAAAUAGAAGAAAAAGCUCUGUUUGUGCAAAAAUGUAGAAGGCAAACAAACAAAAAAUAGGUAUUUCUUUGAUGAAACUAAGUCCUGAGGAAGGGCAGUUUGUGUCCAAAAACUUGCCUACCAUUUCUCCCCGCUGUACAGUUGGCCCAAUAAAGUAUCACCAUAAACCCCC